UAUUUCUGUGUACGACUUGGUCGAUAAACAAAAAUGGCAGCUAAGAAGAGGCACCAAAAUCAAAACUCCAAUGCAAACACAGAAACGAGCAAUUCCACGCGAAAGAAAACCACAAAAAGGAAUGACAGCAAAGGAGAGCGUGGAAAAUCAGGCGAUCUUUUAUAUAAAUUAUUUAUCGCUGCUUUAGCCAUUUCUGUAGGAUAUAUGCAUAGGAACCAUGUAUAUGGAAUGUUUGAAAGAGAUAAACAUUUCUCACAUCUGUCAAACCUGGAGAGAGAGCUGUCAUUCAGGACCGAGAUGGGUCUUUAUUUCUCCUACUUCAAAACCAUCAUAGAAGCUCCUACCUUCCUGGAUGGAUUGAAUGAAAUCAUGUACGACAACAUCACAGAAUAUCCUGAUACUAUCAACGUCCUAAAGAGGUUCAACCUUUAUCCUGAGGUAGCCCUAGGUAUAGGAUACCGGUGGUAUGAUGCGGUUAUGACAUCCUUGAACAAGCCAACCAAAAUGUGCUGGACAGUAAACAGAGGGGAGGGGAUGUCCCCUGUACAGAGCUGUGAGGGUCUAGGGGAACCCUCCUAUUUUUAUGUCGAGGCUGUCUUCCUGCUUAACGGGUUGAUGAUGAGUGUGUUCUUUUUGUUUGGUGUGUAUCUCAGUGGUAGUGUGUACGGGGGGAUUCUGACUGUAGCGUCGUUUUUCUACAACCAUGGGGAGUGUACAAGAGUUCAAUGGACUCCACCAUUGAGAGAGAGCUUCGCAUAUCCAUUCCUUAUAUUAGAGAUGUUCUUAGUAACACAUACUCUAAGAACAAAGAAACCCUCCUACCUCCAUAGUAUAGGAAUAGCCCUAGCUGUGGUCAGCUUUAUGUUACCUUGGCAGUUUGCCCAGUUUGCCUUGAUGACUCAGGGGGUUGCUGUGUUCUGUACAUAUGUCCUUGGCUACAUUGGAUCACACAAGGUCAAGGUCAUAGUAACAGGGUUACUGACCGGACUACUGGUCAGUUAUCUGCUCCUGUUUGGGAAUGAAAUGUUGCUGACCUCAUUCUUCCUCUCAUCUCUUAUCAGUAUCAUCGUAAUUGUGUCAUUGGAACCAUUCCUCAAUAUACUGAAGUUCAGAAUAAUUAUUUGGGCAGUUCAGGGUAUUUUACUCUUAUUAGGAACACUGGGCAUUAAGUACCUCAUCUCCAAGGCUCUCAAUGUGACAGAUGAUGAACAUAUAGGAGAUAUUUUUAGAAGUAAGUUUUCUGAUUUCAACAACUUCCACACCAUGCUUUACACCUGCGCUCCCGAGUUUGACUUCCUGGCAGCUGAGACUUACUGGAAAUUAUUGAAGACCAUACUGCUCCCUUCUGUGAUGGUCGUCGUUAUAGUGGUCGCUGUCAAGUUGUUGAGGUUGGAAUAUAACGUGUGGAGACAGACAUCUACAGAAGAGGGAGAGGAGGGGGACGACAUUGUUCUGGAGGGAGAGCAUCGGAGUAAACCACACGCUGAGUACGUGUAUCACCUGUUCCAGUUAGCUGCGUUCACUCUGAUGGCGGUCAUCAUAAUGAGGCUGAAGUUAUUCUGGACGCCACACCUCUGUCUCAUGACCUCAUUACUGGCCUCCAGAAAGCUAUUUGGCUGGAUAGGAGGGAAGGAGAAGCAUUACGCCGUGGUAACCGUUCUCCUGGCCUGUAUGACCAUCGAGGGCGUCCAGAAUAUCACGCAUCAGUGGAGCAUCAUGGGAGAGUACAGUAACUAUCCGUUAGAAGAACUAGUGGAGUGGAUCAAAGUCCAGACCCCUAAAAAGGCUGUAUUUGCUGGAGCUAUGCCCACUAUGGCGACCAUUAAGCUGUGUACAGGAAGACCUAUUGUAAACCAUCCUCACUACGAAGAUGCUGGACUCAGAGCGAGGACCAUGAAGGUGUACUCCAUGUUCAGUAAGAAACCCCUGUCUGAGGUCAAACAGAACUUACUGGAUCUAAAAAUAGACUUCGUCAUCCUGGAAAACUCCUGGUGCCUCCGAAAACAAAAAGAGGGCUGCGGCAUGGCCGAGAUCUGGGACAUCGAGGAUCCAGAAAACCGACACGAAACCGUCCAGGCGUGUACGAAGUUACGAGACCGUCCCGAGCCUCACUUCAGUCGCGUGUUCCGGAACGAUGUGUACGAUGUCCUCAAGAUCUCAAAGUGGUAGAGCAGGGGAGGGAGACCAGAUUAACUCUCAUUGUGAUAUGUCUUUUACUAGUCCCUGAUAUUUUAUAUUUUUUCUCAUAAUAAGAUCUUUUAUAGGGCGUCUAAAUGUAUGUAUUUGGGGAUUUUUGGGAAUGUGAAAGAGUGGGAGUGAAUGUAAUAUGUAUUUUCAUAUUUGAAACUCAAAUUGCUUUAUGAAAGAUUAUUUUUUUUCUUGCCAAAAUGUGUUUUUUACAUGCAGUAUUACACAUUGUUCUUUAUUUGUAUAGAAAGAAAUUUUAGCAAGAGUUUACAUGUUUGUUACUGUGUAUGACAAUUACACACACCUUUAGAAAAAAAAAUAAAGAUAUAAAAUUCUGAUAGUCUUUUCACAUGGUAUUCCAUUCUCUCCCCCCCCUCUCCCCUUUCUAAGAAAAAUGUUUACAAUAAUUUUUUGGUACAUCAAAUAUUGUUCCACAUGAAAAUUUUAUUGUAUUGCAUAAUAUUUAAGCUGCCAAACAAUUACAUGGUCAGAAAUCCCAUUUGAAACCUCUUGUAUGCUAGUAAAAUAUUUUUUUUUCAGGGUGUAUAAUAGUUGUAAUUUGUUGUUCAUGUCUGUUCUUUCACUAGAACUCCUUUUAACUUAAAUUUUUAUGUACUUUUCUCUGGAUAACACAGCUUGGGUGUAAAAAGGACAGAUUAGACAGAGAAGUUUGGAGUGUAUGUUUUUUUUAUUCUUCGUCCUUGUUCAGCUUUUUAAUUUCCUUUUUAGUUUAAAACUUAGUUGUAAACAUUAUUGACUUUAGUUUGACUUUAGUUUGUUGUAAACAUAAAUUCCUUGUAUGAGUGUUUGUUCUAUCCAUGAUUUACUGUAGUUGAGAAUUUAAAAUAUUAUACAAGUAGCCCUUUAUUUCUUUCUCUUUUUUUGGCUGUUGGACUUUGGGUUAAUUUGAUCAUUAUUACUUGCUUUUAUUAUCUACACGAGUCUGUGUUUGUAGGAGAUGAUCUGAGAAAAAAUUGUGUGUUUAUUAACAAUUUGUGAGUACAAUUACUAUUAUCAUAAAAUAAUUUUUGUUUGCUUUAUUUUAUUAUUAUUUUUUUUAAGGUAAACAUUUUUUAAUACCAUAUAUUAUUUUUCUAUCUUUUAGUAAAUAUAGGACAGAGAAAAGUGAUGAAAUGGCAAAGGUGUCAAAAGCACAUUCCAGAGUGGGGGGGGGGAUAGCAAACCAACAAGAAA